AAAAAGCGAUUCUCUUCUCCGAGGAAGAAGAAGAAGAAGAAGAAAUGGCGGAGAAGCAGAGAUGGAUUGCGAUGUAUACGAAGCACCUCAAGCAGAAGCGAAAGGUCUAUCACGAUGGCUUCCUUGAUUUGCAUAUCGCCAGAAAAAAGGUGAUGCUUUAUGAUGAGUCUGAUAAUCUACUCGAGAGCAGGAUACUAAAGGCCGAUGAAGUUGUGAACACAGGUGAAACACUCACAUUUCAAGCAUAUCUUGUGGAUAUAUGCGAUCCUAAGGACGGAAGUAAAGCUUCAUCUGAUCCAAAGGUCCAACCAAGUGAUCAAGGGUGUGCGCAUAAACCAUUUGCAGUUCUGAGGCCAAAUUUCAAGAAAAGUUCUCUUCAUUGUGAUGAGAGAAAACCUAACCUUGUGAAUAAAUUUUCUUCAAAAAGUCUCAGCCCAUCUCACAAUAUGAUUAGAGUAUUCAAAAAGAGAGAACUGCAUAAGUAUGGGGCACUGACUCCAGACACUAUGAAGUCAACAACAAAAGGUACUGUACCUCUUGGCUCAGUUGAUAAAGAAAGCAAUAACCACCCCUUGAUCAACUCUCCGUGCACUGGAAGGUCUGGUGUAGAUUCAAGGUUAGAGAAUGAUAAGUUAAGCAAGGAUGUUCCUCCACAGAAGCCUUUACGUGAUGUAAAUCAGAUACUCUCCAUUCUUCAGAGACGGAAUGCUACAGAGACAUGUUCUGAUAAUAACCCGCAAACAUCAGUGUCUUUAACAAAAGUACUUCCAGAAUCUGAAACCAGCAAAAGACACAAAAUGGAGUCUGUUUCAACGAAAGCAACAUCUACUGAACAAGUAAUGGUGCAAGAAACUUCAUCGGCCAGCACAAGAGGUUGCUUAAUGAGUGAUCCUCCGAGUUUUGACCUCGGAUUUUAAACCGCCCCCUGACGAUAUCAUUUACAUAAUUAGGUAAAUCGUUUUUUUCAUUUUACCUCAAGUCGCUUCAUGGACUACAGAUUUUUUCGAAAAUAUAGUUUUUCACUCUAA